CAGAAAAAUUUUUCUUGCCAACCAAACUACUGUUAUUGGAGGACGACAAAAUUCACCAACUACACGUACCCCCUCAGAGUUCCUCAGUUUCUCUCUCCAUCAAAUAUAAGGUUCAUACUCAUUUCAAUGUGCCCUACAAUAGUACGCAAGUUCAAUCUCAAUCUCUCUCUCUCUCUCUCAAGUUCUUUCAAAGAACUCCAUUUUGCUCUGAUAUUGAAAUAACCCAAUACACAAAACACAUUUUUGUGAACUUUGUGAUCUGAACAGACCAAUUUGUAUGUACAUUUGUUAUAUACUCUGUUUUGAUGGAUCUAUUAAACAAAAAAUACCAUACCCUUCAAUUACAAUCUCUCUCUCCCACCAAAACCACUCCAACCUCACUCGCUGGACCACCAUUGCAAUCUUCAAACACUAGUUCCCCAAUCCUUGCCAUUGCCAUUAUUGGCAUUCUCACCACAGCUUUCUUGCUAGUAAGCUACUACAUAUUUGUCAUCAAAUGCUGCCUAAAUAGGCACCGUAUCGAUUUUCUGAAUCGCUUUUCAAUCUCUAGAAAUCGAACACAAGAUGACAACAUCGGAGUCUUCUCUCCGAGGAUUCUAAGACGAGGACUUGAGGAAUCGGCGAUUCAAUCAAUCCCAGUUUUCAAAUUCACGAAAGGAUCAGAAAAUGUUGUUGGGUUCAGAGAAAGAAGCUUCAGUGAAUGCGCGGUUUGUUUGAAUGAUUUCCAAGAAGAAGAGAGGCUAAGAGCUAUACCACAUUGCUCUCAUGUGUUCCAUGUUGAUUGCAUCGAUGUUUGGCUUCAAAACAAUGUCAAUUGUCCACUUUGCAGAACAAGCAUUUCAAUUUCAACCACCACAUCCCAAUUCCCAUUCGAUCAAAUCCUCGCUCCGAGUUCAUCUCCUCAAAUCCCAGAUCCAAACACUGAUAUUUUCGUAACACAAGAUGAAGAUUAUGUGGUCAUUGAAUUGGGUGAUCCCAAUUCUGUCGAUCAAGCAUUGCUUGGACUGCAAGAAAGAUCGGCCAGAGCAGUUUUUCAUUUUCCGGGAAAGUUUGAGCCGAAGAUUGUUGGGGGAAAAAAGAAAGCGAAAAAGUUGGACCAUGUUUUGAGUAUGGGGGAUGAGUGCAUUGACAUGAGAAAAAAGGAUGAUCAAUUUGCAGUACAACCAAUAAGGAGAUCGUUUUCAAUGGACUCGGCGAGUGACAGACAAUUAUAUUUAGCAGUUCAAGAGAUUGUAGAACAGAGUAGGCAUGUCAAUGAGGUUGGUCUUGCUAGUGAAGGUUGCAGUAGCAGAGUCCGAAGAUCUUUCUUUUCCUUUGGAAGUGGAAGGGGAUCAAGACUUGGAGUUCGACCAAUUCAGUUGGACACAUAGGAUUUGUUACGAUUCUAUUUUCUUGGAAUCCUUGUCCUCCGGUCUCUAAUGUACUCUCAAUCACAUACUGUGAAAACAAAUUUAAAAUAGCAGGAAAUUAUUGAAUGAUUUGAAAAAUCA